AUGGGCGACCCGGCGGAACACCGUCCAGUGGAGGAGGAGGAGGAGGCCGCGGCGGCCGGCGAGGACGAGGACACCGGCGCCCAGGUCACGCCCAUCGUAAAGCUGGAGGAGGUCGCCGUUACCACCGGAGAGGAGGACGAGGACGUGCUCCUCGACAUGAAGGCGAAGCUCUACCGGUUCGACAAGGAGGGGAACCAGUGGAAAGAGCGCGGAACAGGCACUGUGAAGCUGCUCAAGCACAAGGAGACCGCCAAGGUCCGCCUCGUGAUGCGUCAGGCGAAGACACUUAAGAUCUGCGCCAAUCAUCUUGUGGUGGCGACGACUAAGAUGCAGGAGCACGCGGGGAGCGACAAGUCGUGCAUGUGGCACGCGCUGGACUUAGCCGACGGUGAGCUCAAGGAGGAGAUGUUCGCCAUCCGUUUUGGAUCUGUCGAGAGUGAGCACCUAGAACCAUAUCUUACCUCUUUAUCUCUCCUUGCAUCUGUUCAUAGCUAG